CGGGUUAGCGGGAUGCUGUCAGGAUCAAACGCGCACGGAGACAAUCUCAGCUGCAUCGUUUUCUCUCCCGAUGGAUAAACAGGUGGACCCUAACCCAAAGCGCCUCAGUGCAGUUGAAAGACUAGAAGCUGAUAAAGCCAAGUAUGUCAAGAGCCAGGAAGUCAUCAAUGCCAAACAGGAGCCGAUCAAACCACCUGUACUGGCCAAACCAGAUGUUGGUCAUGCUUUUGUGUCCAAGAGAAGCCCUGGGGCUGGAGGAGGAGGAACUGGAGGCAGAACACCUUUCAAAGCAUCUAAUAAUAAUGCAAAGUCUGACAUGUGUGCAACAAGCAGUGGCAGUAGCAAACGAGAAAAUCUAAACCUGGAGAUCUUAAAAAACCUGCUAAAUUCGUCAUCAGUCCCAGGGGCAGUGUCCGAAGGAUUGUCGAGUGGAGCUAAGAGUGCUGUUUUGAUGAGGUCAUCAGGAGGACUAGCCAGAAGCUGGACACCAUCUGGGAUCCCUUUAACCUACCGAUCUACAAUGACACUCAAUGAGCAACCGGCAGACUCAGCUCCCAGUCCCAGCACCUCACACUCUCUAAGGUCCUUCUCCCAUUCCCUGAAAGUCCUCUCAAUAAACAGCGGUGGGCGCUGCAGUCCACAACUGGGAGGAAACCUCAACCUUAGCAGACGAGUACAGGUUGAGGGAGGAUGUGAAAAAGAUGUCGUUGAUCGAUCUCAUUCCCCGCUACCACCUCUCCUCACCUCCCACUCCUCGUCUGACCUUCUACGACUGUGCAACGGUAAACCGCUCCGUACAGCUCGGUCCAGUAGCUCAUCAGCUCCACCUCUCCCUCCAAAACCCAACCCUGCCUCACUUCCUCCUGCACUGUCCUUGUCCCUGCCACGUCCUCGUGCAGUUUUGUCUUCUUUGCCCAGUGACAACGCCACCCCCCAGUCAUUACCUUGUGAUUUUGGGGAGCCUCCGAACACCUCUGCCGAUUCAAAUCUCGAGCUUGACCACAGUUCCACCGGGGUUCGCCGUUCCUCACUACAUAGAUCCAAGUCAGAUUUGUCAGACCGGUAUGCACGUGCUGGAGCUGAUGUGGAACGCUUUUUUAAUUACUGUGGCCUUGACCCGGAAGAGCUGGAGGCGGUUGGUCCGGAGACCUUUGCUCGGGCUAACUCUGACAUCAUCAGUCUGAACUUUCGAUCAGCUUCUAUGAUCUCCUCUGAUUGUGAUCAGUCACGGCGAUCAACUAAUGACGGAAUAUCAGAGGGGGAUGAGGCAGAAGAGGAAGAUGAGGAGGCUGGGGAGCGUGUGCCUUACGGCAUCUCUGCUGUGGAGCGAAACGCAAGGGUCAUCAAAUGGCUUUAUAGCAUCAAACAAGCAAGAGAGACACAAAAGGUCUCACAUGUUUAAGACAAACACAGCUGGACACUGGUAAUACUAUGAACUACAGACAGUCUUUCAAUAUGGAGAACAAGCUGAAGAUUGUGAUCUUGAGGUUCCAAUAAAAAUCUGUUCAAAUGUGAAGACUGAAGAAUGAAAGGAUGGAAAAGAAAGCCUUACAAAAAAGCCCACACAAAAUGAAACUUGUAAGGAUCCACAAAAGGACUCUCAAGGUUGAGAACAAGGUGAACAAAAUGGAAAUCAAUCCAGCGUAGGCAUGUGUAAAUAAAUAGUCUGGCAACAAAGGUUCUGCAGAUUUUUUUUCUUCUUUUGACAGUUAACUGAUCAAGCCUGUUAGUUUGCUUA